GUCAAGUGGACAGCGUCUACCAGGUCAUCUGUUACGUUACUGACCAGACCUCCUCCUCCUCCCUCACUGCAGCUAACCUCACCUUUCUCAGGAAUAUGAUGAACCCGUUAUCUCAUCAGGUAGCUGCGACUCCUGGGAGACGCCCAGGAUAAAUCUCGGCCUCAGAUUGAUUGACUGAUGAAGAUUAAGCCACUCAAAAGGUGGCACGGGCAUGAAUAGCCCGUAAGUGGUGGCCCUUUUGAGCCAUUACCAGUAUCUUUAGCUGAUACUGGAGAUCUGUGGAGGUGCGACUGCACCCUGCGUGACGGGAGAUGUCUCCCCCGUGGGCCUCAGCUCCUGGGCCCCACUCUCUAUGAUAAAGGCCCAGUUACGGCUGAAUCAAUCAGCGCGGGUGUAGUUGAUCUAGCUGGCCUUGGGUCAAGUGGGCAUGAAGCGUUGUUGUGGUUGUUUAAGAGUCAGCUAAUCAGAACCCAAAGUUCCAAGUAGCACGGGCUAUGGUGAGCCCCGUACUGGAAUUACCUGGCACAGGAGAAAGGCUGUGUGCAUGAAGGGUUCGACACCCAUAUUUUAAGUAUGUGGUGUGCUGUAAGGCACCACAUCUCGCUACAUCUGCUCAUUGGCUCUUGUCACAACAACGUUCUUCCAGCUGGUGGUGGAUGAGUACACCAUCUCAGUGGACCUGACGGAGGCGGCGCCCGUCCGCUACAUGCUGGCGUGUACUGACUCCUCUGGCGACAACAAAUGCUUAGGUGUCGUCCGCGUGGGCUACCAGCCCCUGGACGUGGAGAACUUCCAGUGCGUGUCCUACAACUUGGAGGUUCUUAAGUGCAACUGGACCCUGCCUUACAACCCCGUCCAGACCGCCAGCUACAAACCUUAUCUCAUCUCAACUUUACACACUGAAGGGUCCCAGUGUAGUGGUGACAGCGGGGGCGUGAAGGACACGUGUGAUGACCUGACCACCUGCUGCUUCUGGAGGCCGCCGGAGUACCCCGCGGCGGAGCCCUUCCUCCGCGUCCUCUUCCAGGCCUCAAACUCCCUCAGUAACCAAACUUUCAACUUUACCCACCUCGUCAGGAACUAUGCUGUGGUGCUCCCGGACGCAGCAGAGAGCGUGGAGGCGGCGGCGGUGGCGGGGUCCCGGGAGCUAGAGGUCAGGUGGUCGCUUCCCUCGCCCAUGGACGCCUUCCCUAGCGCGGGGGGCGUGGUGUUCCGGGUCGACUACCGCCUCCACGCCCACCCCGACACAUGGUCCACGGCUGCCACGGGGAAGUGUAAGAAUUCCAACUUGGUGUCUGUGGAGGUGAAGUACUGGUGGCAGGAGUACGAGGUGCGCGUCCGGCUUCGGUCUGGGGCUGCUAACUUCACCUUGGACGACGACGGCUGGUGGUCUGAUUGGUCAGCUGUGGCUGUUGUCACCCCUCCUGCAGAGCCCGAGGAGGCCCCGGCAGUAGGUCCUGGCACCUUCAGGAUCGCCAGAAACACUCCAGAGUACCGUGACCUGACCCUCUCCUGGCGACCUCUUCCAACACUCCUCCAUAAUGGUCCAGGUUUCUCCUACCUCGUCACCGCCACCAUCUACCCCGGAGGGGCGUCAGUGGCAACUGUGAACGUGACGGAGCCCUACGCUACCUUCACCAACCUGUCCACCAGCCUUCCUUACAGGCUGGAGGUGGUGUCCCAGAACAGCGAGGGCAGGAGCCAGGAAGGGUCGUGGGUGGUGGUGGGGGCGGACAACGACCUGCCGGACGACCCCGUCCUGCCCGUCGUCGUCCUCCACAGACAACAACAGUAUGAACUCAGGUGGAGCAGCAGUGACAACACCUCGACGUACACCGUGUACGUGUGUAUGGACGGCCUAGAUACCAAGCUGCCCUGUAAGGCCGACCUGUACUGGCUGACAGUGGGCGGGGUGACAGCCAUCAACAUCACUCUGGAGGAGUUUAACCUGACGGUGGUGGAGGACACGGGCGUGAGGUUUGCCGUGUCUACGGAGCGUGGGACGAACGUGUCCAGCGGGAUGUCCUGGGACACUUACUCUGCCGUGUCCAGCGGUGUGUCCUGGGACACUUACUCUGCCGUGUCCAGCGGUGUGUCCUGGGACACUUACUCUGCCGUGUCCAGCGGUGUGUCCUGGGACACUUACUCUGCCGUGUCCAGCGGGAUGUCCUGGGACAGGUGUUCCACCCCCAGGGCCUACACCACCGCCCACCGCCCGCCCACCCUCACAUCCCCCGUAGAUGUGUCUGAGACGACAGCCAGAGUCCAGUGGACGCUGGAGUGUGAUGACUGGGCCGGGGUGGUGGAGUACCUAGAGGUCACCUAUUGUCUCGGUCACCACAACCUCUCCCAAGACUGUCACGGCGAGUCAGCGCGGGAGAGUGAGGUGUGGUCGGGCGUGGUGGAGGUGAGGCAGCUGGCAGCGGCGUCACAGUACACGGUGUGGCUCAGAGUCUCCUUCCGCUCAGGGCUCUCCCAGUGGUCCAGUCCUCAGCACUUUAUAACCGAUCACAGACGGGGUGUGGCUGCCUGGGUCAUCGGGGUCAUCACUAUAGGCGCCAUACUCUCGGCGGUUGUCCUGGUCUUCUUCUGCAGCUACAGCAGGAGGAAACUACAGCUCCUGGCGAUAGAACUGAAGAGAGAACCCAACCUGCCCAUAGGCCUGGUGAACGAGGCCCCGAAGCGGUCAGACCGCCGGCCUAGUGCCCCGGUUCGACUCCCGCGGAGUGUUGGUUCUUCAGCGUCCGGCCUUGUCCUCCAGGUCCCCAGCGGUGGUCCCCAGCAGGCAGUCGAAGUGGCCAGGUCGGGUUCCGUCUUGGACUCAGAGCGGCAAGAGGUUCCCGGUGGCCGCGGACUCUCUCUCGGGGGUGGUUCACUCCAGCCAUCUGGCGGGAAAGAGCAACAUCUGUCCGACCAAGCCACCAGGACGCCUGCUGGCUCGUCGACCAGUCCAAGAAAGUCUGGUGAAACAGUCACUUCAGACUUGACGGUUGGCUACCUUUCCCCAGUGAUGGCGACUCCGGAGGCCUCCACUGUAGUCCAGCACCCGGGUUACGUCCAGGUCUCCCAGGGUGACCAGCACCCGGGUUACGUCCAGGUUUCCCAGGGUGAUUACCACUUCGAGCCACCUAUGAACCAAAGUGAUUCCGUUGGAAAUCUGUCGAGUACGUUAUUAAUAACUGACGCGCCAACGUUUGGAUACGUAACUGUUCAACAAGAUAACAGAGCCUUUGUUCCCCAGGGAAUCAAAGACACCGUGAAUUUAGAUGGAAGGGAUCAAAUGGAUUCUAAAAUGUCAGAACUACGUCGUUUUUGGACUGAGAAUAUGACCCCAGGCACAGGGUACGUCGUCGCCUCUUCUCCUCCCUCGGGAACACUCAACACCACUGGUCUUCAGAACGCAACAAGUGGCGUUGAUGCACACGACGCAGGCGACCAUAAACCAUCGAAGGCCCUCGAGACAUCCUCCGUCCUCCCGAAACAGAGUGACAACAUUAGGGAUCGAUACGUGAGCCUUACCUUCCCCGAAGAGGACAAUGAUCAUCUUAACUUACCCCCAGAAGCAAGCACCCCACUUAUGCCUGUACACAUUAAUAACAAACAUGAUUCUGGAGCUAAAGUGACAGAGAAACAUUCUGAUUAUUUGGAACUAUUGUUAAAUGACCAACAUGAUGCUGAAAGGAAAGUGACCGAGAAAAUCUCUGAUUAUUUAGAAUUGUGGCCAAAUGGAAAUUCCAAGGUACAAAAGAGGCGAUAUGUAGACAGCAGUGAUACAAUUACUCUCAAGGUAGGCCUACCACAAGGCUACGUUGGAAUCCAAGAUCCAAACUUUGGUAUAUCAAACCAGGGCUCUAGGGAGGUUUCAGUACAUAGAGGAGAGGUGACUUUAGGAAAUAAAAUGGACAAUAUUAACACGGCCGAAACUUUGACAAAUUCCAUGCCCAAACCUUCAAACCUCAAUAGUGCUGGCUACGUUGAACUGGGAUCGUUUACCAGUUCAUCUCAACUUGCAAAUCCCAGUCAAGUGAUGGCUAUGACGGUCAUGAACGAGAGCCACGAGCUGUUGGUGAACAAGGGCACCACUUCGACCUGUGGGUAUAUACCCCACCCGCUGGCCGAAGAAACACCAGAGUGGGAUAUUACCUCCGCUACUGGUCCGUCUCUCAAUGCACCUGGCUUAAACGGCGCCAUCAGGAAACCGUCCCUACACACGGCAGAAUCCUCUGGCCUCGGUGAUUUAGUGAAGAGUGAGAAUUACCCUGACAAGACUAUGGAAACCACGGCGCUGGUGACUGGCGCUGGCCGGGAGGCUCGGGGUAGUUCGAGGUGUGUGAGCGAGGCUCCCGAAGACCUGCCUCUGGGCUACAGUAGAGUAGGAAGCCCCACCUAGCGUACCAGUCUCACUUGUGGCGGGUCUUGACUCAGGUGUUGGCACCUCCACAGGUGUUGGCUGGCCAUCUGCACACAGGUGCUGGUUGGCCACCUCCACACAGGUGUUGGCUGGCCACCUCCACACAGGUGUUGGCUGGCCACCUCCACACAGGUGCUGGAUGCCCACUCCCACACAGGUGCUGGCUGCCCACCCCCACACAGGUGCUGGAUGCCCACCCUCACACAGGUGCUGGCUGCCCACCCCGACACAGGUGCUCCCUGCCCACCCCGACACAGGUGCUGGCUGCCCACCCCGACACAGGUGCUGGCUGCCCACCCCCCCACACAGGUGCUCCCUGCCCACCCCCACACAGGUGCUCCCUGCCCACCCCCACACAG